UUAAAACGUUUAAAAAGUCAUUAAAGAAAUAAUAAACGUUUUUUCUGAAAAAACACUAUUUAAUUUUGAGGAAUUAAAUUUGGCUAAUCUUCUCAUACAGUCACCCCUUAACGAGGUGGUGGGGAUGAUCUUAAAGAUGGCGGCUGUGAGGAGGAUGAUGAAAUUGUAUGGACUCGGUUUCCAUGCAAUUCGUCAACAAACAUCUCUGAGAGCAUCCAGAGUCCCCCAGCAAAGGGCAUUCCACGUCAAUGGAGCCCAGCGACAGCAGCCGUUUGAUUCGUCGGUGGAGAAGCCUCAGUUCCCUGGGGCCUCUGCUGAGUUUGUUGAUCAGCUCGAGUUCAUCAAGCCCAAUGUGAUCUCGGGAAUCCCAAUCUACAGAGUCAUGGACAGACAGGGACAGAUCAUCAGGCCCACAGAAGAUCCGCAGCUUUCAAAAGAUACAGUGCUAAAUUUCUAUCAGAAGAUGACACUCCUCAACACAAUGGAUCGCAUUCUGUAUGAGUCCCAGCGGCAGGGUCGCAUCUCAUUUUACAUGACGAACUAUGGUGAGGAAGGCACACACAUAGGAAGUGCUGCAGCUCUCAACCCCAACGACUUAGUCUUUGGGCAGUAUCGAGAAGCAGGAGUGCUGAUGUUCCGAGGUUUUCCGCUGGAUCUGUUUAUGGCUCAGUGCUACGCCAAUGCAGAUGACCUUGGCAAGGGCCGACAGAUGCCCGUCCAUUACGGCUCCAGAGAUCUUAACUUUGUCACCAUCUCUUCACCUCUUGCCACUCAGCUCCCCCAAGCUGCGGGAGCGGCGUAUGCUCUGAAGCGGGAGAACUCGAACCGAGCCGUGAUCUGCUACUUCGGCGAGGGUGCAGCCAGCGAGGGCGAUGCCCACGCUGGGUUCAACUUCGCCGCAACUCUCGAGUGCCCCCUCAUCUUCUUCUGCCGUAACAACGGCUACGCCAUCUCCACCCCCACCAACGAACAGUACAGGGGUGAUGGAAUCGCUGCUCGAGGCCCAGGUUACGGUAUGAUGUCAAUCCGCGUGGACGGUAAUGAUGUGUUUGCCGUGUACAACGCCACUAAGGAAGCACGACGGAGAGCAGUGGCCGAGAACCAGCCUUUCCUCAUCGAAGCAAUGACCUACAGGAUCGGCCACCACAGCACCAGUGAUGACAGCUCGGCCUACCGCUCCGUGGAUGAGGUGAACUACUGGGACAAGCAGGACCACCCCAUCUCCCGCCUGCGCCACUACAUGACUGCGCACGGCUGGUGGGGCGAGGAUGAGGAGCGCGCCUGGAGGAAGCAGUCCCGCAAGCUGGUCAUGGAGGCUUUCGAGAGGGCAGAACGGAGGCUCAAGCCUCACCCGGACCUGAUGUUCACUGACGUGUACGAGGAGAUGAACCCCGGCCUGCAGAAGCAGAAGGAGUCCAUGUGGAGGCACAUCCAGCAGUAUAAGGAGCACUAUCCGCUGGACCUCUACGACAAGUAAACUGCAGAGGAGGAAGGGAGAGAGGGAAUCCAGACAGGAUCUGGUCCCAUUCAAAAUGAAAAUGAAGAGCCCUACUACCCAUGGCCUUUUCUUUUUUUGGGAACACCAUUUAGGUGAUGCAGGGGUGAACGGAUAUCACUUUUAUGAGUUUGUAACUUUUGAUAGCUGCUGCUGGUGAAUGAAGCCACAUGUUUUCAGAAACGCCCGACACUAAGAGUAGUUACAGUUAAUGAUGCAUGUUGCUCUGUCCUGCCAUCUGUGCAGAGUGCUGAGCGGUAGAGAACGUGGGAGGUGAGGGUAUGUAGGGGAUUUCUGUUUUCUUUUGGCUUGGGAUCAGCUCAGACAGUGAGAAGGUGCAAGGAAGCAAUGGGAUAUGACAGUUGCACGGGGGGGAAUUAUUAUGCAUUAGGUUUUUAGUAAUUAAGUCAUUCACGUAAAGCUGGGAUGUGUGUAAAGAUGGAUGUAUUUUGUUGUUGGCAGUAGGGGGCACCCUAUUGUACUUUUGAAUUAUAGACUAAUGUGGUGUCCGAGGUAAGAUAUUUGGAGCUCUGUGAUACAGUGUGCUUCAGCUGAGAAUCUACCACUACAAUUGAAGGUAUUAACUGUGUGUUGACUUUGAUCUGUGUAAAUCUGGUAAAAAUGCCCAUAAUCCUUGUUUUUAAAGAUGAUCAUCACAUUUAACAAUCACAUCUGAUUCAAAUAAAUUGAAUUGUAUUCAUACUUAAUUUAAACCAUAUUUUGAAAGGCUGUAGAACUACGGUGAUAAUACAUCUGUAUAUUCAUGUUUUCGGCUUGGGUAUGAUGUAUAAGUCUCUUUCUAAAUCCGUUUGAGUGUUUUGUGAAGUAAAAUAAAAAGGCUCCUGUGUCUUCUGACAACUCUGCUGUUUCAGAGGGAGGUUUGGUAUUAUUUUAUUCAGAUUUUUUUGUUUGUCUUUUGUUGGUAACUUGUUUGUUUUUAUUGCCAUCCAGAUUGCUGAUGAUAAUUUUGGUUUCUGAUGAAAGAUGAACAUACUGCUGCUCUUCCAGAUUUCGUUAACUGUUACAUUUGUUUAGGAUAAUUGAAUGAUUGGUGUGUGAGGGUGGGAGAGUAAAGAUUGAAACAUCAAUAAAAUGUUUGUGAAACAUGGUCAUGCCUUUGACUGUGUGCUUUAA